UAUAUCUUGCUACACCUGGUCGGUUGGGUGGAAUAUGUUUGAUGUUAUUUCAUGUGCUUUUUCUUCUCCAGCCAGGAACGUUUGGAAUGGUCGGUCACCCAUUUCCUUCCUUUCAAGGUAUGUUGGUUCUUUAUUUAUUUGGGUGGAGUUGAAAGUGUUACGGUUGUGUAAAUUCGAAUCUGGUAUCAGGAUAAAUAUAACAAUGAGUUAAUGUAAAACACAGAAUCCAACAAAAGUAACCCAAUUAACGUAGGACUGUUUAGUCCUCUUGGUUCUGUUACAUUGCUUUUUCCCAGAUGUGUUAUUAAUCUUGUAGACUUGAGUCCACACCUUCCUUUUCCUUUGAAUUAUGUGGAAAGACCAGUUGGGAUAAGGAGACAAUACCAUUUCUCAUCCCUGGAUUGAGGUACAAUUUCCAAACCAUAUCUUGCGCUGGCUCGUUAAUAUCUGAAUCUAAACAGGAAGCCUGUCCGACCUCAGUGCAGCUGUACGGAAUCGUAUGGUCGGAAUCUAUUCUCGCUAAGAACAAAGUUGAACGUGGCCUGCGCAGUCUGCGCAAAUAUGAACCCGCGAAAGAGCAGUCCGUCAAUCCCUUCCGGGGUCAACAAAGCUUUCACAGGAAGGUUAUCUAACUAACUUGUACAAUGAAGAAGAUCACAUGAAACAUUCUCAUCACAUUGGUUCCCUCUAUAAAGUUAAGGUGAAGUGACAUCCUAUCGCAAUGAGCGUCCCAUGUCUACUGUCCAGGGCUGCUCGAAGCUUCACAUUGCUGGGGGCGUCCGGUGUGCUGCUACACCGGUUCCGUGUAUUGUGCCCUUGUUCGAUCACAAGGCAUUUUUGUUGCCUUUUCAGGAAAAUGUCGUCCAGAAGACAAAUGGACCAUCUAGAGAGGACAGCCAGCAACUACAGACAAGAUGGUGUAUAUCCGGCGCAGGUAUGUGGCAUCAUGGACGAGUCUGAGACAGUGAAACGCCUCCGGCUAGCUGUCCAUCCAGACUUCACUUUCAGAGCUGGCCAGUGGGUGGACUUCUUCAUCCCUGGUAUGGAGAAGGUAGGAGGAUUCUCUGUGUGUUCCAGUCCAGGUCUGCUGCAGAAAGAGGGUGUCAUCGAGCUGGCUGUCAAAUACACACAACAUCCCCCUGCACACUGGAUACACACCAAGUGCACCAUGGACUCUCAUGUAGCGAUGCGUGUGGGUGGUAACUUUUUCUUUGACCCCCUGCCCUCUGACCCCUCUGUCGACCUGUUGUUGGUGGCUGGGGGCGUGGGCAUUAACCCUCUAUACUCCAUCCUGCUCCAUGCCGCUGACCUGUUACGACAGAACCCCACUAACGCAGGGAGGGGCUACCACAUAGGCUCCACCCACCUCUGCUACAGUGCCAAGAACACACAGGAGCUGCUCUUCAAGAAAAGCAUCAUAAAUGUGUGUAAGGAAUUCCCAGAGAAAUUCUCCUGUGACUUCCACAUCACCGCACAGACCGCAGACAUCGACCAGGAACUCCAACCGUACAUGAACCGUGGGAGGCUGUCAGAGGGGGGGUUGCGUUGCCACGUCGACCCUAACACCACUCUGUGUUACCUGUGUGGCCCUCCACCCAUGAUAGAGAGCGUGGUCCAGACCCUACUCGGCCUAGGCCUACCCCAGGAAAGGAUACUGUUUGAGAAGUGGUGGUAGUGUGUACUAAAGACAGACCUCUUCAUCAUCAUCUCACCCCUGCUCUCUCCUCCAGUGCCUAGGAGAUCAGACCAAGCACCUGCCCACGUUACCAUGGCAACCUCUCAAGGAGUAUUGGACCAUAUGUCUGGAGCUGCACACAUCAUUUUAUUUAUUUUACUUCACCUGAACAUACUAGGGCUGUGAAGGUCAGCCUGUGAUUGUCAUGUAUAACUGACCGUUAAUUAACAAACACAUUUAGCAUCUCCUGUCUUCCACUCAUAGCCUACAAGCCCCUGAUGCAGACCGUUGGAUCAUCUACACUACCGUUCAAAAGUUUGGGGUCACUUAGAAAUGUCCUUGUUUUUGAAAGAAAAACAUUAAAAUAGCAUCGAAUUGAUCAUAAAUGCAGUGUAGACAUUAAUGUUGUAAAUGACUGCAGAUUAUUAAUGGAAUAUCUACAUAGGCGUAUAGAGGCCCAUUAUCAGCAACCAUCACUCCUGUGAUCCAAUGGCACGUUGUGUUAGCUAAUCCAAGAUUAUCAAUUUAAAAGGUGAUAUGAACAUAAGUUGAACAAGGCUCAUUGCACUGAGCCUGACUGAUUUUGACCUCUGACCCGUGUGAAGUGCAGUAUAAAAUGUAUAUAAAAGUUUCUUGAUGGUGCACAUUGCCCAGUGGAGAAACGUUCAACUGUUUUCUGAUUAUGAAAAUAAGUCAUUUUAUUCAGUGGAUAUAGUUUGAGGAAAUAAUGUGUACGUGCAAUUCUGUACAGUAUAAUUAUCUGAUACAUAUUUUUUCUUGCAGUAGAAAUGUUUUUCAAACAAGACCGAGCCUAGUCUGGCUAAACGCCCGCUCUCAAAGUCUUUCUGACUGUAGUCACGUGGGUCGCGUCCGCCAGGCUAGACCGAACCACACAGCAGAACCCCUGUUUAUACCUGGUGCUAACAUGAUCCCUGUGUCCUGAUCUUUUCCACAUUCUGAUUGUACCCACAUUUUUUGAAGUUUAAAUCAUUCUAAUAACUGAUUGUGAUUAGAUAGUUGGAUGAUUUGAUGGGUUAGGUGACCGCUCUGUGGAUGGAGUCAAAUAAAAGAAACCCUUUCAGAGAGGUGGAUGGAGGGCAGUAAACACGGGCUGUGAACAGCAAGGUUGUCAAUUUGAAUCCCAAUGAGACUUGUUUUCCAACCCUACACAACGUAACUAAUCACAUUUUAGUGUCUUACUGAAGAACUUCAAAUAUGUGAAAAACAAGUGUGGUGCUCUCCCCAUACUGGCGCAAUGGACUAGGCACUGGGGAUAGGGACCAGAAGGUCCCAGGUUCUGAUCUUUGAUGACCCUUUUCAAAAAGGUAUAUUUAUAGCCCUGGUUACACCUUGCAUUAAAAUGUGGUUUCGUUAUCUGAUCAAGGUGGUUCAAUGAGAAUGUAGACACGCUCAGCACACAUUGUUAGCACCAGAUAUAAAGGGGCUAGAGAGAAAAUCACACCAUCGAGUGUAUUUAUAGAACGUUUUUUUUUAAACUAUGCAGACCUUAACACAUCAAUCACACACAUCCUGGAAAGUGUCCCCUCAUCCCAUCUCUCUCACACAUCCUGGAAAGUGUCCUCUCAUCCUCUCACACAUCCUGGCAAGUGUCCCGUCAUCCCAUCUCUCUCUUCCUCUCACUUAUACACACACCACGACUUCUUCCAAUCAUCACACACCCAUCCAGGCCUGAAAUCGCACACACACCUCUCACAAAUGAGUUUGCAUAUACAGAGGCUGAGGGGGAUCUGUCAUGGUGCACAGUAAUAUAACCUCCUGGUGGUCCAUGUCCGCUGAAAUAGUUUUGUUUUGCUCCUCAGAUGUGAGAAGACUGAGGGGUGUAUACAGAAUUAAGAGUUGAAAUAAAAGAAAACGAAGUCAGUA